AUGCUUUCCUCCAUGGUGAGCUUUAUGAAGAGGUCUGAUUACUCCUUAUUUACCAAGAAGUUCAAUCAAUCAUUCAUAGCACUUUUGGUUUAUCUUGAUGAUAUUUUAAAAGCUAGUAAUGAUGUUCAAGCUGUUGAAGAGCUUAAAGUGUUCUUGGAUCAAGAAUUUGAGCUAAAGGAUCUUGAUAACUUGAAAUUUUUUCUUGGUCUUGAAGUGGCUAGAUCAAACAAAGGCAUUUCCUUAUGUCAAAGGAAGUAUGCUUUGGAAGUGCUUAAGGAUGCAGGCAUGACAGGAUGUAAGGCUAGCAAAGUUCCUAUGGAACAAAACUUAAAAUUGAGCAAGUAUCAUGGGGAGUUGUUACUUGAUCCUAGUGUUUAUAGGAGACUGGUUGGAAGGUUGUUGUACUUCACCAUUACUAGACCAUACAUCAAAUACUUUGUGCACAAACUAAGUCAAUUUAUGUCCAAACCAAGGAAACCUCAUCUGGAUGCAGCCUAUAAAGUGUUACAGUACAUAAAGGGCAGUCUUGGACAAUCUAUUUUGUUGUCAUCUAGAUCAGAUUUGCACCUAAAGGCAUACACAGAUGCAGAUUGGGCAUCCUGUGCUGACACUAGAAGAUCAACUACAAGUUAUUGUGUCUUCUUGGGUGAAUCUCUAGUUUCAUGGAAGUCUAAAAAGCAAUCCAUUGUUUCUAGAUCUUCUGUAGAAGCAAAAUACCGAGCCAUGGCAAUGACUGUAUGUGAGAUGACUUCGAUAUUGUCUUUGUUAAAAGAUUUGGAAGUAGAUCAUCCAAAGCCUACAAUUCUGUUUUGUGACAAUCAAGAAGCUAUUUACAUUGGUGAGAAUCUUGUUUUUCAUGAAAGGACAAAACGCAUAGAGGUAGACAGUCAAUUGGUCAGAAAUAAGGUGCAAGAUAAAGUUAUUAGGCUAUUCUUCACUCCUACACAUUCACAAUUAGCAGACUUAUUAACAAAGGCUCUUAGUGAUCAACAAUUGAAAGUUUUACUUAGCAAGAUGAGCAUUGUGAAUAUUCACAAUCCCGGUUCUCAUCUUGAGGGGGAGUAUCAAAGUAGUACAGAUCAGCAAGGAAGAAAGCAGAUUAACAAGGAAGAAAAGAAACGAAGAAAAGAAGAAAGCAGCUGA